CCAACCUCUCUCUCUCUCUCUGCUUCUGAAAUUCUCUUCUUUUGAAGGAACUGUCUCUCUCUCUCUCUGAAGCCCUGUUCUUUUGAAGUAAUCCUCUCUCUGUGCUUCUGAAAUCCUCUUCUUUUGAAGGAAUCCUCUCUCUCUCUCUCUCUCUCUCUCUCUCUCUCUCUCCGCUUCUGAAAUUCUCUUCUUUGAAGGAAUCCUCUCUCUUUCUCUCUGUCUCAUCUUUCUGUCUGGUUUUCGAUAUUCGAACUCUCUGUAUAAAAGAGGAAAGAGAUGGGAGGAGAAGAAGAAUCAAAGAAGGUAGAAGAAGUGGAAGCUCCUUGUGCACCAGCAACACCAGCAGCUGAAGAGCCUCCUCCGCCAGCACCUGUUGAAACUCCAAAGGACGUUACGGAGGAGAAGUCAGUCAUUCCACGAGCUCCGUCUGAUGAGAAAGUCGAUGAUUCCAAGGCUCUUGCUGUCAUCGAGAAGGUUCCGGAUUCAGAAGGGGGGUCAAUUAACAGAGAUGCCAUUCUUACGCGUGUUGAAACUGAGAAGAGGAUGUCCUUGAUCAAAGCAUGGGAAGAAAGUGAAAAGACUAAAGCUGAGAACAAGGCUUACAAGAAGCAGUCGUCAAUCGGGUCGUGGGAGAACACAAAGAAAGCCAAUGUGGAAGCUCAGCUGAGAACGAUAGAGGAAAAACUGGAAAAGAAGAAGGCUGAAUAUGCAGAGAAAAUGAAGAACAAAAUCGCACUCAUCCACAGGGAAGCGGAAGAGAAGCGGGCCAUGGUUGAAGCCAAGCGUGGUGAAGAGAUACUCAAGGCUGAGGAGAUAGCUGCAAAAUACCGUGCCACUGGGGCCACCCCAAAGAAGAUCUUUGGCUGUUUUGGACCUUAAAAGUUCCCAAAACACGCAAGAAUGAAACCAGAAAAAGAAAAAAAAGAAAAAAAGGUUGGUUUUCUCUUCUGUAUAUUUCCUGCUUUCUUCUCUUGAUUUCUACUGUUUGUGUGAAUUUUAAUUAUUAUUUAGGGAGAGGUUAUUGUUUGCAGGUGUUUAUAGUUUGGGUUAUGUUUGUUUAUAUGUGUAUGAUAUAUUUAAAAUAUUUGAUUUAUGAGAACUAAGUUUGGAAAUA